GUUUGAAAGAGAUACGUGCGUUACGAGUGGAUUCGCGUGAUGAGUCGCGAUUAACGAACGAAACGGGAAAAUUAGUGCCGAUCAAGCAGUGGAACGAAAGUGAAGUUCGGUUGGUCGAUCCUGUCCAGCCGACAUCAUGUUUCGCUCGAAGAAGGACGUCGACCGACACGUGCAGAAUGUCUUCUGCAAGCUGCGGAACGAGAACGAGAAAAAUCUUCGUUGUUAUAAUGUUGCCAAACUGUAUUAUCAAGUAGGCGAUUAUGAGUCCACAAAAAGAUAUGUAUGUAAUUACUUAGAGAUCCGAGAUAAUUCUGCCAGUGCACAUAAGUUAUUGGGUCAGGCAUAUGAAGCUCUUGGUCAAAAAGAAGCAGCUUUUAAUGAAUACAAAAUUUCACUUGAACUUGAAGGGAGACAAGAUGAUUUAGUCUUGAAAGUAUGUGAAUUACUGAUUGACAUGGAUAUGGGAAUGGAUGUUAAUAAAUUAAAGUAUUGGGUAGAGAGAGCUGACAGGCUAUUUCCACAUCAUCCAGUAGUUUUUCAAUUGAAAGAAAAAUUGUUGACUAUAGAGAAACCAAACAACAGUAGUGAAGAUCUUGAGGCACUUAUUGCAUCUGAAUUGGCUGCAAGACCGACUGAUGUGCAACUUCGCAUCAAAUUAUUAAAUUAUUAUAUAUCGGAGCAUAAAUUGGAUGAAGCUUAUGACCAUGCUAUUAGUGUAGAAGCAACUGUUCCUCAUAAGGACAGCAUUGCAUGGUAUCAGUUGCUGUAUGAUUUAUUAACAAAGUGUAAAGAGACUAAAUCCUUCAACUGGUCUUUUUGGUUUUUCUAUAUAUCUGUAUCGGAUAAGUAUGCAGGACUGUGUCUCAAAGAACAAGGCAGCGAAAUGAAAAAAAGCAUUUCAGAAGUGACACAGGCAAUAUUUAAUUUGGACCAAAAUUUGAACGAAUUAAAAAUAAAAAAGUUUCUUAAGCACCACUCUUUUAUGGAACAUUUGUUUAUGCAUAUGUGGGGUCAAUUGCACUUUCAUUUGGCAUGCUUGCUAUUACGCAAAACAAAACGCGAGCAGGGCAGUUGGAGCGAAGUAGGAAGACUGUGUUCGCCACUAUUGUUGACCGCAUUACAUGUAGCUCCAUUAGAAAAUCGUUUGCGUAUACAAUUAGAAGACGACGGACUUAGAAAUUUAUUCAACGUAUGGGUCAUGGAAGCAGCAUAUCGAUGUUGCCAAGCUGGUUACAUUCUUCAAAAUUAUGCUAAGGAUGAUACAAAAAAAUUGAUGGAUAGAAUUGAUAAGUUUUGCACAGGAUCCUGGAGAGAGCGUAUUUAUCAUCGAAUUUUUGUAAACAGGAUACAUCUUGAUAACAUGCGAGAUUCAUUCUUUUGCAAUCAUUCAGCUCCUGAUCCUCCCUUACGUAUGUGCACCGCGAAUCAAUUAAGAACUUACAAUCAAAUUGCACAAGAAGUUUGGCCGGCUUCACUGCAUCAUCAAAUUUGGCUUGGAAUGGAGAAUCGGCCUCAACAUAAAGAUGCUCCAUAUCCAGAUCAGACUUCACGCGUGUUCCCAGCAUUGCAAUUUUCAGUAUUCAAUACAAAUCAAGCGGCGCCUGAUAGUUUAUGCCUCAUCGAUAUUGAUGCAUUUCUUAAUGCGGCAAUACUCUGCUCGUGUGCAGUUCUGGAAGAGCAGCAACUUGGUAGCUUUAUGAAUCCAGAUAAAUUGCCGACAUUGCCUAUCGAUCUUACCGCGACACUGUCUACUACCAAUCAGGAGAAGUGGUGGUCCGCAGCAUACAAGAUGUACUCCAAGCGAGAGGAUGUAGACGGUGAUAUUGGCGAGCUGCGACAAGAAUUGCAGCAAGGUUUGGAAGUCAUUCGUUGCAUCGGUAAUCAUGGCAUGCAUCCAGUAUUAUUAGUGCAUCUGGCUCGCAUGUUCCAUCAUCGUGCGAAGACGAUGAAGGAGAAAGAUGAAUCGAAUGGCUACAUUUCUAGAUGGGAGGCGCGUUCUGAGUUGUAUUGGACCGCUGCUCUACCAUUGUUGGAGAGACUGCAAAACAAUCAAACAUUACGUAUGUCUCCGACAAAAUUGUUUAAUUAUCAAGGCAAAGACAUGAAUAAUUUCGAGUUGACAAACGCCCUCGAAGAAGGCAAGUUGCUGUUAGCCCAACGACUCAUACGCGAUAAGCAAUACGAGCAGGCGAUUGACGCGCUGCAAGCGCUGAAGUGUCCGGAAGCAUCGUUCCAUCUCGCACAGAUUUACAAGAUAUUCGCAGAUGAGAUAGUAAACUCCACGCCUCGUGAAAGUCUAACGUCCGAGAUGCGAUCGCAGCACAUUAUAAUGCUGUCGAAAGCAAGGAACUCUUUCUAUCUCACGCUCGAUCGACUUCGCAGCCCGGGUACGAAUCCGAAACACCCACUAAACUCGGAGCUUGGCACUUACAUCACCGACAUCGAGAACGAGAUGAAGAGAAUUGAUCCGGAUCUAGGCAGAGGCGACUUGAGUAGGAAUGAUAUCGAUGGUAUAUCCGAUGAGAGUUACUCUCCUACACAUAGUGCCGUGGAUCAGGCAGUCACAAAUCCGCCAUUGCCAAUGCUGACAACGCUUAUUGGUGGUUCAAAUAUGCUCAGCACACCACAGAGAAAUGCUCAUCGUACACCAAAGCAUGCUAGUACACCAUGCAAAUUGCAAUAUCACGAUUAUCUAAAUCUGUCAAAAAACCGCACGGAAGCACGUCCGAGUCCGGAACGUCUUGAUGCUCAGAUACGUCAGAUUAUGCAAUCUCGGGACAAUGAAAUACAAGAAAUAAUGGAGCAAAUGAAAAACAUAACGAUACAAGUGAAGACAAUGAAUGAGAAAGUGGAUAAUCUGACGAAAGAAGUAGUAGAAUUACGUAAAGAAAAUCAAAAACAGCAGCAACAACAGCGUACACAACAGCAACAGAAUAUGAAUCUCGCCGAUCCCGAAGAUUACUAUGAGAACGACGAGUACAUUGAUUUAAACUAUUCGAAUCAACCAAACCAACCUGGACAAGCGUCUACAAUUUCUGGUAACAUAUUUACACCGCAACACAGUCGGCCUUACGCGCCGCUGGUGUAUCCCACCACGGCGACAUUCCCGUAUUAUCCUCCUCAGGGACCUCAAUUACCACCAUUUGAUCAGGCGACGAUCUCGUCCCUCUAUCAUACCGUCUAUCCGAUGCCGAUAUUGUACCCUAAUCAGACAAAAGUACCGGAAAAUCCGCUUCAACAAGGACUCUUUGCAUCGACACUUUCCUCGCAACUGCCUGAUCUGAUGCCAGCAGCGGCGACGGCAAAUCCGUCGUUGCAAAUAUCUCUGAAGCAGAAGAUCGAAACGCCACCACGAACUAGACCUGAGACAACAACUACGAUGACAACGACGCCAACAGUCAUCAAGGAUGCACCAGUAAACAAAGCACCUCCUGUAAAUGUGGUCAUCACAACAUCCGACACGCUCCCGACCACGGUGCCGUCCACCCAGCCGACUUUGAGCGUCACCAUACCACCGCAGUAUCGAUUAGGAAGUGGAGCAACUGUGACCUUUUCCACUACACCUAUAACGACUACUACAAUGACAAUGGCGACGAAAUCGUCAUCUUCAUCCAAUGCGCCGCAUUGUUAUCAGAUACCAAUGCCCUUGCAGGCCACCAUACCAACCACUGUAAAUUUGCCACCGACCUCUACCUAUGUAGCUCCAGCCAACCUUAGUAUACCGCCAAUUUAUGCCAAUCUAACAACAUCACCGUCUAUUCUCACAAUGACUCACACGACUAGCAGUGGUGCUUUGUUAAGCACUCAGAAUAAUAGUAGUAAUAUACAUGACAAGACUGAUAAUACCAUCAAGUCUAUUUAUGAGGCAAUUGAAUCACCGAAUACAUCCACGGAGGUAUGUGAACAGGAGCAUGAUCCGAUACCGAACUUUGUGCCCGUCAUACCAUUGCCCGCGAAGGUAAAAGUUACUACUGGUGAAGAGGACGAGGACACUUUGUAUUGUGGGCGAGCGAAAUUGUUCCGUUUUGUUGACAAACAGUGGAAAGAGCGCGGCGUUGGUGAUGUGAAACUGCUGCGUAACGCAGAGGGUAAGGUACGCCUGCUCAUGCGUCGUGAUCAAGUUCUGAAGAUCUGUGCGAAUCACAUGCUAAGGCCUGAUAUGGAAUUGACUCCUAUGACAAACAAUAACAAGGCUUGGUGCUGGGUCGCCAAUGACUUUGCCGAUGAAGAGGUGAAACUAGAGAAACUCUGCAUCAGAUUUAAAACCGAGGAGGAAGCUGCAGCGUUCAAGGAAGCCUUUGACCACGCCAGACGUAAUCUACCCGCACCAUCGCCAGGAAAGGCAUCCAAAGUUAGCGAAAAAAUUUCAGCUGCUUCGUCUAGCGACAAAGACGCAUCCAAAACUCAGAAAUCACAACCGACGCAGCAAGCCAAGAUAAGUUCAUCAACAGAAGCAGCUUCCUCGGGCAAGUCGAAAUCCGGCACGACAACAUUAGGAGGAUUCUCUUUCAGUUCUAAACCUAUUAUUCAGGAAGUUAGUGACACAGAUGUGGAUGAUUUUAAAAAGGUCGAAGAACCGCCGAAAGUCAGUCCAUUUAGCGGAUUCUCAUUUACCAAGUCAACUAGCAAAUCCGAGACGAAAACCACUACCUGUACAAGUGCCGGCUCGGCGCCAUCGACAAGUUUCGUAUUCACCGCAACUCCAACAACUUCAUCUAUUCUGACUUCGCCUGUUACGACCAGUUACAGUCAGAAUUCUACAUCAUUGAGAAGACCUCGUUUACCACCACCAAACGCAAUGAAGCAAGGAUUACUCAACGAUGACACGCGAUUACCGACUGAAAACGAGCAAAGAUUAUUCAUUGGAACAGCAAGUCUUCAGUGUCAAAAUGUUAAUGGCGCCAAUGCCAUGCAGUGGAAGAGUAAGGGUACAGGAUCGAUGAUGUUGUUAUUAAACAUAAAAUCUGGCAAGCUUCGCUUGUUACUGACGGAUGACGAAAGUUCCAAAGUCUAUAGUCACGAGGUUCCUCUGGAUAUGGCAUUUACAUACAAGAGUGGCACUACAGUUGUCAACUGGACUGUUCCAGCGGAUGCUAAAGAACCCGGUAAGACCUGGUCAUUACAUGCCGCGACCUUCAGCACGCCGGAAUUGGCGUCGCAGUUCUACAUCAUCGUGUCAAGUUCUCAGCAGAAAUUAGCUAAGGGCAAUAAACCAAGCGAAAUUGCAAAGGAACUUGAGAAGAAAACUCAGAUGAGUGAAAACAAGGGCCAAAACGCCGAAGCGAAGCCACCACCGUUAUCGGAAUUGUUUAAACCACCGACUGGCUCCUGGGAGUGCAGCGACUGUUACACCAGAAACAACGCCACGGAUACGAAGUGCAUAGCUUGCAAUGCUCCAUCACCUUCAGCGACAAGCAAGAAUGGCUCUGCAAUCGUAGACCCGUCUAGUAAACCGGUCGAUUCCAGCAAACCGCCAUUAUCAGAAUUGUUUAAAUCACCUGCCGGCUCCUGGACCUGCACGGGAUGCUAUAUCGUCAAUUCUGGCGUGAAUACCUACUGCGUUGCUUGCGAUAAUCCCAAGGAUCCGUCGCAACCACCCAAACCGCAACAGAUCAACGUCUUCCAGCUGAACGCGUCCUCUUCCGGAACAGCGCCCACGACUACAUUUUCCUUCGGCAUUCCCAAGGACACCGCGAAAGAGACGACCGCCACAGGUUUUAGCUUUCGGAUGCCGAAAGUAGAGGACAAGAGCGCAAGUGAGAGCGGGAAAACAACUUCAUCUAAAUCUGAGGAGACCACAAGCACCAACUUCGUAUUUGGUAUGCCGGUGAAAAGCAGCACACCAGCAAAGAUAGGCGACUCGCCAUUUACUUUUGGAUCGCCCACCAAAUCGUGGUUUAAUUUCAUGGCUAAAUCACCAGCGAAGUCGCCCGGCGGUGGCGGCGAGACCAGCGAGGAUGAAGUGGUGGAAAGCGAAGACAUUCACUUCUCGCCGAUCGUGCCGUUGCCAGAUAAGAUCGAAGUGAAGACUGGCGAGGAGGACGAAGAAGUGCUCUACAGUCAUCGAGCGAAGCUUUUCAGGUUUGAUACUGUAGAAAAGCAAUGGAAAGAGCGUGGAUUGGGUGACAUUAAAUUAUUGUGCCACAAAGAGACCGGCAAGCUGCGGUUGAUCAUGCGUCGGGAUCACGUGUUAAAACUAUGCCUAAAUCAUAUGCUAUCUGUCGAAUUAGAGUUCACACCGAAGGAUGAGAAAACAUGGCUGUGGACUACUGCCGAUUACAGUGAGGGCGAGAUUGAGUACAUGCAGUUCGCCUGCCGUUUUAAGACGUCCGAGAUUGCAGCGGACUUUAAGAGAGCGAUUGAUGAUGCCAGAAAAAAUCUCAAGUCAUCGCCCAUCUCUGUGAGUGGUAGUGGCGAAAAAAUAGGUAAAUCUGCGACAACGAAAACGCCGACAAAGGCGUUGAAUUCGCCAGUCAAGGAAAUCGAGAUCGUCUACGAGACAAAGGUCACUUCGGAAGAAAAAGCAGCCGCUUUAAAGCUGCAACUACCGGAGAAUUUCUACGCUUAUAAGCAAAAAGAAGACUGUCCCGGCUGCAGAGGCUGUAGAAAACCGAGUAUUGUGUUAUAUCCGGACAUCGCCGCACAAGACUCGAAAUGGAAACCCGUGCCGGAAGAAAAGAAGGUGAUGACACAAUCAAAAGUGAAUACGACUUCAUCGUCGUCGAGCGUCUCUAGUGAGAGAGACGUGACACAAUCCACGUCUGUGAAAAAUGGAUUUUCUUUCGCAUCUGCCUUGACAUUUAAGCUGCCAUCGACUACUUCCACCAACUUCGACAGCUCUGCAAUGAGCUUCGGUACCGGUGAUCUAAAAUUAUUCAAUGAUAAGAAGACCACGACUUUUUCAUUUGGUAUGAAUCCACAGUUCGGUACCAAUGAAAUGACAGAGAAGACAACAGCGCCAACGACGACGAAUAUCUCACUUGAUGAUUUCAAGAUCUGCAGUCCUUCCAGUACUCAAAUCACGCAGACAACUGUUUCCACCAGCUUAACUGAUACAGCUGGACAGUUGAUAUUCGGCCAAGCAGCAUCGAAGACAUCCAUAUUCAAAACGCCUACCUUUACUUUUGAUUCCGAAAAGACCAUCUUCGGCGACGCUGCGAAAGCCUCAUCGAAAACGUCUGGCUCCGAUGGAAGCAGCGCUGACAUCCCUAUUUCUUCUUCCACCGUGCCUACGAUCUCUACUGCUACUACUACAGUGAAUUCUGUCCCGAAGACUUCGACUGUAAACACCACAUCGGCAGUCACGUCCUCAAACUCAGUCUUCGGCACCAACUCUACAUUCUUUUCUAAGAUGAAGUUUGGCAGUCCUUCGCAGUUCGGUAGUUCUAUGACAACAAACAUUUUCGGCGGAACGACCGCAACGACGACAACUAUGAGCGUCUUCAAUCCCACGAUACCGAUAACGAACAUUUUCGGUGGGACCACAGCAUCGACGACGACGACGAACUUCUUCGGCGGAACAACCGCAGCGACAACGACACAAUUCUUUGGGAAAACAACGGCGCCGACGACGACGAACAUUUUCGAGUCCGUGGCACCGACAACGACGAAUAUCUUUGGCGGAACAACGGCAACAACUACGACAAACGUCUUCGGCUCUGCGACGACACCAAAUGUUUUUGGUACAAAAUCGGCAGAUAAUGGUCAGAAAAACGAAGAUGUUCCCAAUUUCUUCACAACAAAUAACAUGUCGUUCUCAAUGCUCGCUGCGACGGCAGCGCAACCCGAAGCUUUCAAAGUCGAUCCCAACUUUUCAUUCGCUGGUGCGGGAUCUUCGGUAUUUGGUUCAAAAUCUGCCGUGUCUUCGAAUCAAAAUAAAUCCCGCAAUGAUUCCACGCAAAAGGAGGACAAUGAAGAAGACGAUGGUGAAGUAGAUAAUGAGCAGGAGCAUGAUCCUCAUUUUGAACCUAUUAUACCAUUACCAGAUGCUAUUGAAGUCCGAACCGGUGAAGAAGAUGAAGAGAAAGUGUUUUGCCACAGAGCCAAGCUAUACAGGUUUCACAGUGACGAGAAACAACGCGGCGAGUGGAAGGAACGUGGCGUCGGUGAAAUGAAAAUUCUGCAUCAUGCCGGUCACGGCACCUAUCGAUUGCUACUACGCCGAGAGCAAGUGCAUAAAGUCGUCUGCAACUUUCUGAUCAUUCCUGAUGUGGAGUUCCGUCCACUUUCAACAUCAAAUCAAGCCUGGAUGUGGGCGGGUCUAAAUUAUGCUGAGGAGGAACCAUGCGUCGAACAAUUAGCAGUUAAAUUUAAGUCAACCGAAAUAGCCCAAGAAUUCAAAGCGCACAUCGAUAACAUUCAACAAGAACUGCGCGAAAAGAAAACUACUAAAGGUGAGAAAAACGCUGGCGAAGCGGAAGAGAGCGAAGAACACGAUCGUGUUCCUCGCUAUCCUGUUGCUGUCUUCAUGGAUGAGGAGGAAGAGGAAGAAGAGGACGAAGAAGAGGAUGAAGAAGACGAGGAAGAGGACGAUGAGAACGAUCAAGAGAUGUCUGUUAUAACUACAAAACGUGCCACUGUGUAUGCGAGAUGGCCCAAUCAAGAAACCAAAUGGGAAAAAGUGGGUAUGGGAGAUCUUUCAAUCCAAUAUGAUUCCGAGAUUUACGCGGAAAGAAUCGUCUUAAAAGUCGACAACUCGGAGGAAUGCGCGAGCAACACUAUCAUCAGCGAGAAUACAGUGAUGCGGGUGGAAGACAAAGAAUGUAUUUGGAGCGGAAUUGAUUAUGCUUUGGAUCCCCCAAUGAGAAGAGUUUUGAGAGCAGUUUUCUCGUCGGCGGAAGCAGCACAAGAGAUGCAUACGUUUUUCGAGGAUGGAGUGGAUAGUGCGAGGCAAUCUGGUGUCCUCGAAUAUCAAGAUGAAUGAAGACUUUUAACUAAUAAAUAGCUAAUUAUUGGCUGUUGUUACAUAAUUCAUUACCUUCCUAUGUUAGCAUAAAUGUUAAACGGGUUGUUUCUUGUCGCUCUUCUCAAGUUGUAAGAUUAAGUAAGAGAAAAUGUAUCGUUAGAUUUUUAUGUGCAGCUGUCUUUUUUUCCUUUCUUUUUUAGAUUCGAAACACGAGUUUGACAAGUACAGUUAUCUAUGUAUGCACAGGAACACAAGUGCAAGUUCCAUAAUAAUAAUAAUUUAUGUGCUGCGGAAAUACUUUAUAAUAACUACAUAAACUAGAAGAAAAAUAGAAUCAAAUAUCACGAUGUUAAAUUUCUUCAGUUUUUUGUACUAGUCUGUAUAAGAAAUGCCUUUUUUUUUAUAAAUGUGAUACGUGCCAAAAGUUAUGAACGCUUUCUUACUUUGCAUGAAAGCACUGUCUUUCGCUAUACUUUAUAAUUAAUUUUUAAAAAUCUAUUAAUCACAUCUCGAAAAACUAUACAUAUAUAAACUUGUAAGCGGACACUUACAAAAACAGUAAUCAACCAGAUGGUAACGCUGUUUACACAAGCUGGUAAUUUUCUACUACAAUUAAGUUGAAAAAAAAUAAUUAAGAUUAUGUUUGAUUAGAUUGUAAAGACUUGUUGCAACACUGCAGUUAACAGCUGUUGUAAAUACCACAAGAUUUUACAGUUUACACCUAGAGCAUGAUUGUAUAUCUUGGACUAAAAUAGAAAUUGCCACAUGAAAAAUACAUCGUGUAUAGAUCAUAUGUAUAACAUAUUGUAACGUACAACAUAAAUAUAUUAAACAUUUGAUCGAAA